AUGGAGAUGCACCAGAGACACAAUGCUCCAAUACCACAAGGCGGUAGAGGGUGUGUCCAGUUUGUUACUCAGUAUCAGCAUUCCAGCGGCCAAAGGCGUGUGAGAGUGACCACUUUAGCCAGAAAUUGGGCUGAUGCUGCGACACAGAUCACUCACAUAGCAGCAGGGUUUGACCAGGAGGCUGCAGCCGUUCUCAUGGCAAGACUAGCGGUCAACAGAGCAAUCAACGAGGAAGGAGGAGACGUCCUGCGCUGGCUUGACCGCAUGCUCAUCAGACUGUGCCAGAAGUUUGGCGAGUAUCACAAGGACAACCCUGAGUCCUUCCGCCUGCCCCAAGAGUUCUCACUCUAUCCGCAGUUCAUGUUCCACCUGCGAAGAUCCCAGUUCCUUCAGGUCUUCAACAACAGCCCGGAUGAGACGUCCUUCUACCGUCACAUGCUUAUAAGGGAAGACCUUACCCAGAGCCUUGUUAUGAUACAGCCUAUCCUCUACUCAUACAGCUUCAAUGGCACAGAGCCUGUACUCCUGGAUAGCAGCAGCAUCCUCCCGGAUCGCAUCCUUCUCAUGGACACCUUCUUCCAGCUACUUAUCUACCAUGGCAAGACAAUUGCCACAUGGUACAAGCAGGGUUUCCAUGAACAGGACGGACAUGAGAACUUCAAGCAGCUCCUCGGAGCACCACAAGACGAUGCCCAGGAAAUCCUCCAGAAUCGCUUCCCCAUGCCACGUUACAUUGUAUGCGAAGAGGGCAAGAGUCAGGCUCGCUUCCUCCUCAGCAAAGUCAACCCAUCGCAGUCACAUAACUCAUAUGGAUGGGGACAGGACGGAAGUGCUCCAGUGCUUACAGAUGAUGUCAGUUUACAAGUGUUCAUGGAUCAUCUCAAGAAACUUGCUGUAUCUAGCUCCUCAUAAACCUUGCUAUUAUUCUAACAAUGUUUGAAGCCAGAGUAUAGUAUGCCAGUCACACCCUCAUAUCCUUGGGUCUUUUUUUUUUCUUUCUCAGAAUUCUUUGUUGAAAGAGGUCAAUCCUACGAAGGGUUUCACAAAUCGCCCAUAGUUUUAUUCACCUGUUAAAGUCAGUUUCAUUGUUGUUUAGAUUUCUCUCGCUUUGAAUCUGAGUGUUCUUGUGCACAUCCGUAAGCAGCUCACAUUGUAUUGGAAAAUACUGUCUGAAAACAUCAGAGUGAUACAUGUAUUUAGUACAGUAACCAACUUAACCCUAAAAAGGCGGGGGCAGAAUCCUCCCCCCUGGACUUGCAUGGUGAUAUGUUUGAGGAUGAGUUUAUUAUUUUAUUUAUGGAUUGUUUUUUUUAUUUACACUGAAAGCAUUCAUGACUGUAUAGCCUCAGGGGUGGAAUCCUACUGACAGAGCACAGAAACAACCCAGCCCUUUUAGGGUCAAUUGUUGUAAAUGUAUCUGCGGUUAUGGUUUAUGAAGACAGACAAAACUAGAGCAGUCAGUCCAUCAGUUUUCCCUAAUGCCGUGAAAAUACUCUACUAUGACUUCAAUCAUUAACAACUCUGUGAUAAACAGAUUUAUAACUAUGUAUAUAUCAUAUUGUUAUAAUUGCACUAUUAUUUUGCAGCACUGGUGAAUCGGUGCAUGUACUGUCCGCAUUUUUAUCCUCGUAUGAUUAUGGACAUCAGAAGAUAAAACCGACUUGAAUGUCUCUAUAUCUUCCAAAAUCCAAGUUAAUUUAAGUUAAAUCUUCUGUUAUCUAAAAAUUGUUAGGUCUUGUAUUUUCCAUUUGGUAGCACCCUAUCCUCCUUCCUUUUGAGUUAUGGGAUGAAAAUUUCUUACAUGUUCCAGUAGAUUACACAACAGUAAUGUAAUACAAGUGAAGAAAAUCUGCCACACAAUUUGACUAGUCAUAUUACGUUCAUAACCUCUCUCACUGAACUCAUCAAUUCCAUUUAUUCUCACCACAUUUUUUUGUAUUAUCUUAUACCAUUUUCCCCAUCAAGAAACAAAAAAUCAUAUGUACAGAAGAAAUUGCCUGUUAAUGCAUGUUACUCUCUUUCUCCAUUUGAUGAUCUAUGCCUCGUGGUAGGCCAAGAGAAAUAAACUAUAUUGCUUGAGAGAGAUCGAACUGCAUCCAGAUGUGAAAAGCGUUACAAUGGCUGUAUAAUGAUUUAAUCAUAUUAUAGGAGUCACUCUCAAUUUGUACAUUUGUGCCUUCAUAUGCUGCCUAAAUUUAAUGGGAUUAGGUUUCAUUCUGCUGUUUAUGAUCAACAGCCAAGAAAAUUGAAUUUUGAAAAGGCCGAAGGUUGAUGACUGGUGUGGAUAUUUCUACUUCUGUAUCAAAAGGGAAGUUUAAAAAAAAUCAUUUCAUUUCAAAAUAACAACAGUAAACUGAUAUUUAAAUUGGAAAAUGAUUGUUUCAUCCAGGCGGAUCCAUCGUUAGUGCUAUUGUUUUGGAAUUGUUUUUAUCAUUGCCACCAUGUUUUGAUGAUUUUUUGAUGUAUUAUUUAAACCCCUACAACUUGGAUACAUUAAAAGAUAUGUGGAGAUAUAUAUUUAUGUGUGGAUAUUUCAUCAGUAAUUAAGUACUUUGUCACCCUACAUGAGCCAGGUUGAAAUGACAAUGUGUUAACUUUAUACACUGCAUUUUGUAUUUGAACUUAAAAUCGACAAAUCAAAUUUUUAAGGAAUUCUGUGUUUUUGGCAUUAAGAGAAGCAGAACAUUUGAAAAUAAUUAAGGAUUUGAUUCUUAAGUGUUUCUUUUGAGCUAUUAAAACUUGAUCGACCAUUGCGAUGAUCAGUUGUUCCUUAGUUUUUUUCUUGCCUCCCCCUCUCACUUGCUGAUCACACCAUUGAUCAAGGUCAUUGCUAGCAUUAUUACAGUUAUUGCAUUUCCACUAAUGCAAAUACAACAUAGCUAUUAACGGUGUGACAUUAUAAAAGCUUCAUUAACCAAUUAGUUGUUAAUGUGUGAAGCUAAAUUAACUAAUUGAUUGGAUGUAGCUGUAUUUCAUAAACGCCAGCUUCAACAAUUUAUUUUGUAGCUUUGGGGAUUUGUGUCUUUGCAGCCGCUUGGUACCAUUGUUAUUUUUUUCCUUCUUUUUGUAGCAACCUUAUCAUUCCUAGUUUGAUUCAUGUAAUGGCAUUUAUUUUAAAAAUGACAUGUAAUAUAAUUUGUUAACAUUUUGCAUCUGCAAAUUGGGACCGCAAAGAAAUUCAUUAUGGAAGCUAAGUUUGUAAAUCAUAUAUCUCAAAGUCAGUAGGAGUUCUGACCUUCAGAACAAUUUGCUAUGACCUUGCGUGCAAUCAAUAGAUAAUAAAGAUAAUUAGCUAUUGAAGCAAGGUACAUGUAGUAGUAAUAGUUAUUUCAACUUUGUACUGCGACAAGGCUUUGCAAAGUAUAUGGUGUAUACACUGCAUGAAUCAAUUGUUCUGCUCCACAUUUUAUUGUCAAGGAAACAGUUUUGUGAUUUUUAUUGCCUAACAGAAUGCGCCUAUGUAUGUGAUGUAUAAGUAUAAUUCCAAGACUUAGAUGAACUAUUAAAUAGGUAUUGUACAAAUAUA